CAGUCUUAAAUUUGAGCUUGCAUAGACCCUUGGAAUGGGGGGAUUGGGAAACGUCGAAAAACCACCGAAAGGAACCAAACAAUACGGAGAAGGCGGGGAAGGCCCUGACCGACGGACAAAGUUUCGGUCCUGAGUGGGCACCUCGUCUGCGCUAUCUGCAAGCACUCGCCUUAUCAACGUUAUUGCCUCAUAAUCUUUCGAGCAUGGACAGCAUCGGUUGUUUAAUGCCGCUUAUCGACAGCAGUCUCCCGGCAGGCGCCGCGUAUCCUUCUUGGCAUCGGAUACCACUUCAAAUGCGUAGCAAAACAACUCUUCCGACUCCACUUUCUACCAUCCAAGAUACGCCUUACCUGUCGCCAUGGCUCCUCUGUUGAACUGUGGUGGGUACGAUGCUCGUUUGAGUGCCUUCCGAGGUGGCCGGCCUCAAAGAUCUCUCAAACGAUAACGCGCAAACUGUUGACCCGGUCGGAAAGACGCGGGGCGGCAGGAUACGCUCACGAGACUUUCCGGCUGUAAUCGCACUAUCCUCUGACGCCUCCAAGGGUGGCAUCUCACAGUGCUUCUGGUUUGCUGAGAGAUCAUAGGGUGUCAUAGGGAUCGCAGUCUUCGCUUGUUUGGUUGCUGGGUGCCUGCACCUGGUGGACAAGUGGCUUGGUGACGGUUGCGAGACAGCCCGAAUGCGAUGAUGACCAGUGGAUACGACUCUUACGACCUUGUAUAAGACUCGCCUGUGGCUGCUAUUGCUGCGAUCUCAUCCUGCAUAUCACAACAAUCAUCCUCCGUUACUAUUUGCCACCCCACAAACCUCCUCCGGCCCUAAGUCUAUUACCAUCACAAUGGUCUCCAGCCUUCAACUUUCCACCUCUGGCGAGGACACCUCCAAGACUUCCACUACCCUUCCCUCUUUUGGGGAUCUCAUAAAGUCCCUCCAGAGCCCCGAAGAGCAGCACGGACUCCAAAACCCAUCUCACCCUCCUCACUCCCAUGCCCACGCACACCGCCAAGAGCCUUACCCUACACACGGGCACCACCAUCACGAUAUUCCCCCUCGAUCCCCUUCUACACCCCCCGACGCCUCGAGGUCCUUCUCUCAACAGCAAGGCCCCUCGCCCGUCUCCCACCAUAUCUCCCAUCCCCAUAUUCCCCGCGGACGUCCUCGAUCCAAUACCGCUCCGUCUGUCUCCAAUACACACCUUUCGUCGCCGUUCUCGCACCACCGACACCUGGCGAAUACAGAGCACUGCGCUGAUAGGGUGAGGGCGUUGAAGGACGGGGAUGGAGAGUGGUCUAUCUUUGAUUCAGUGGCGCCGUCGGUAUUGCCAUACCACGCCCGCCCUCAUCUGCACAGCCGUGCUUCCACACCCCACUCUUCCUCGCCCUCCCCUUCCUGCGAGACUUUCUCCCAUAUGUACGCUCAACACUCAAACGCCGCCUCGCCCCCACCAUGCGCCAUGUACCGUCCCUACCACAGCCGCACCCCCUCUCUCUCGUCCCAGUCAUACACCUCUCACUCUUCGCCCCUAUCCAAUGGCGCACCACUUACGCCGAAGAGUAUACAAAGCGUCUACGAUGAUGUAGAGCUGAGGCGGAGUUGCUCGAGGACCCCGAUGCCUACGUAUGGGCUUGGGAUUGGGAGCGAGAAGCUGGGAGGUGCGAAGGAGGCCCGGGAAGUCAAGGUCCCGCAGCUGCCUAGGAUGCGAUGAUGCAGGGGCCAGGAUAUAGGGGACAAGUGACAGACCAGGGGGUAGGCAGGAAAACUGGCAGGCUGGUCCUACCAGGUGUACUUGUACGAACUUCGAAGCGACACUGCUGGCCAGUAGUCUUUCUCAUCACUUUGGGCUUUUAGCGAUUUCAGCGACCAACUCUCACUAGCAUCAUUCCAUAGGAAAACGUACCCACCAUUUACAUUCAAUUUUCCUUUUCAUAUCUGUUCCCGUUCACGACUGUGUCUAGGCAUGUUUGUACAAGUAUCUCGGGAGUCCUGGCUUUGAGUAUGAAUGAAGAAUGUCUGUUC